CAGAUGCAUUUGAGGCAUUUAGAAAAGCUUCAUAUUUAGCAUUCAAGCUUGAUCCAGCAAACUAUCUAACAGCUCCGGGUUUAGCAUGGGAUGCAUGUAUGAAGGUAACAAAAGUUAAGUUAGAAUUGUUUAAUGAACACCAGGGAGAUAUACAUGAUUUCUUUACAGCUAUGAAAAGAGCAAAAAAAUGGUUACUUUACUUAAACGCCAAUAAUCUAUAUGGUUGGGCAAUGUCUCAAUAUCUCCCAACCGGUGGAUUUAAAUGGAUAUCUAAAGAACCUCUCGAUGCUAGUUCCUCAUUAGUGCAGAAAAUUUUAUCAUUAAAAGAAAAAUCAAAUUGGAGAUAUUGCUUGGAGGUUAAGUUAUCAAUUCCAAAAGAAUUGCAUUCAAAGUUUCGGGACUUUUCAAUGUGUUCAGAACGAAAGAAUGUACCAUACAAUUGGUAUAGUUCAAAGCAAAAAGAAUGA